UGAUCACCAUUUUUGUAUCUUGUUUGUGUUACUGAUUUAACAUAUUUUACAGAUAAAGUUGGUGUUGAGUUUCCUCAGCAUAUUUCCUCACUGUGAAUGUUGUAAUAUUAGAAAGUUUCAGCUGUAUGCUAAUAUUAUGCAAAGACUCAAACGAGAGAGAGAGAGAGAGACUUUUAAUAGUGACUGAGGGGAGAAGGGGGUCCAGCAAAAGACCCGAGGAGGAGCGACUGAAAAUCAUAACACAAUCUCAGGAAGUUCUCGAGAAUUCAUUCCGCUGUUGCGUUACACUGUGUUCAGUGAGGAAGAGGCUUUUUUAUUUGCAGAUGUGGCAGCGGUUUCCACCGCACUGGAUUAAACACAAUGCAGCCCCGAGACGGAGAAGACUGUGAGAUGGAAACUCGUCAAGACGCCUGGGCGUGUUCACACGCAACUCUUUUUUGCAGCGGUUAAAGAGAUGGCAGCAAGCUCUCCUGUUUUCACUGUACAGUUAUUCACCUCUACAGGACUCCGAAUGUCGUGAUGUACAGCCUCUGCUUUUUAUAAAUUUUAUUUGCUUUUUUUUCGGAUACUGGAUAAACUCGGAGCCACGUUUCCUGAAGCCGAGCCGUACUUGUAAUCAGUUAAAAUGCAGCCCACAGUCUUUUCGCAUAGGCAGGCCACAAACUCACAGUUUACGUAUGUGUGAACCUCAUGUCUGCAUUUAUUUCAUGACUCUCUAUUGAAUUUUGUAGUCUGACAUGCGACCCUCUGGAUUCCCUUUUGUCUUUACGCCAAGGAAGCACAGACUGAAUCCUGAAGAACCAGACAGACCUUCCCUCUCUCUAGCAGUGAAACAAUGAAAUUCCUUACACAUUUUAUUCAGACAUUUGUCUCAAAUUGGACUGGAUAUAAAUUGCCCUCGGUUGACUCCAAAUCAGAUGGUAUACUAUGACCUGAAGACUCAGAAGUUGGUUCAUCUCGCCACAGGUGGAUAAUAAAGCUGUGAAGAACAUCAUGUCAUUCGGGGAAUUGAUCGAACUUGAGGAGCUUGAGGAGCGGAUCGAGCUUGCCGAUUCUUUACCACCACGGACACCUCGCUUAGAGAGGGUCAAUGCCUUGAGAAUAAGCCCAGGAAAAUUCCCAGAGCUUUGGAACCGUGUGCGGAUUAUCCGGCUCCUGGGAGACACGUUCAAGGACCCACAGCUGGUUGAGGAGACAGGAGAAGGCCAUGACUUCCAUCCCUGCAGCCACGCUCAACCCACCUGGUGUGACCUGUGUGGCGACUUCAUCUGGGGGGUGUACAAACAAAGCCUGCGCUGUGCCAACUGUAGAUUCACCUGCCAUUACCGAUGUAGAGCUCUCAUUAAACUGAACUGUAAUCAGGGUGACGCCUCUACUACUGAUCAGUCCAGUGAUAUCCAGGACAGCAUUGAAACUGACACAAAUGUGGAUGAGGUGACUGAGAGCAAGAAACAAGAGCUAUCUCAUUCAGAGAUUCAGCAGAAAAUAAAGGAGUAUAAUGCUCAGAUAAACAGCAACCUCUUUAUGUCUGUGAACAAAGAUGGGACCUACAACGGCUUCAUCAAAGUUCAUCUGAAACUGGUACGGCCUGUGUCUGUUCCACCACCACGGAAGGUUGCUACGUCCCAGGGGCCAGCCAAUGGGAAGAAAGGGGGAGCAGUAAAAAGACGCACGUCCUUCUACCUCCCAAAGGACACAGCCAAACAUCUGCACAUCAGCUCUCGAACUCGUGCACAGGAAGUGAUUCAGGCCCUGCUCAAGAAAUUUACAGUUAUCGACAAUCCUGCAAAGUUUGCACUGUUUGAGCGCACCGAGCGCCAUGACCAGGUGUACCUAAGGAAGCUGUCUGACGAUGAUUGUCCACUGUUCCUGCGUUUGUGUGCUGGUCCAAACGAGAAGGUGCUGAGUCUGGUACUCAAGGAAAAUGAGACUGGAGAGGUCAAUUGGGAUGCAUUUUCUAUGCCGGAGCUGCAGAAUUUCCUGCGCAUUCUGAAGCGGGAGGAAGAAGAGCAUGUAAAACAGAUCAUGCAGCGCUAUGCACUUGCUCGUGAUCGCUUCCAGCAAGCUCUGGUCACUACCAACCCUGGCUGAUCAAUGCACUGUGCCUGUCUUAGUGACAAGUGGCCACUAGGAGGCCUCAGUCUUCUCUUUGUCCAACGAUCCAUAUGGACUAGCAUCAGUGCGAUUAGUGUGUGAGAGAGCGAGAGAGUGCGAACGAGUGUGGAAAUGCAAGUAUGCAACCAGAUGUGCGUACGUGGAGAGAAUGAGUCGUGACUGAGAGCGAGCGAAAGCGUACUGGGGAAUGGACGAGUGAAAAUAGAACACCUUGUCAUGAAUGGUGUGUGAUUUGUUCGAGUGAGUGUAGAGAGUCCUCAAGAUAGAACAGUGUGUUUCUAUGGAGACUGCACAGGACUCUCCUGACUUCACUGCUGGUGAAGUUAAAAUUUUUCUUUUCUCUGUCAGCUAUGAGACUAUGAAGUUUUUUUCCCUUUUCUGUCAAGGUCAUUGAAGAAUCUAGUUGUAAAUUCAUGUGGCCAUUUUUGCUGUAUAAUGUUGAAAAAGGUUCCAUAACUCUUCUCUCUGACUUCUUCAGUACUGCGGAGUGUUGGGGAAUACCGGGGAAUACUCAGUUAUUAAGUUGAGCUGAUGAAACCCCUUGGAAAAGUUAUGAAAUAUUUUCAGCCUUUAAGAAACAAGACCAGUUGCCUUAACCUUCUACUUCUAGACUGUUUUUUGCCAGGAUAUUUUAUGUUCAUUUCCAGACUUUUCUUUUCUCAAACAAACUGGUUUUUAACUAUAUUUUCAUUUGUAUUAACUUUCUUACCUAAUUAAACUAUUGUCAUUUUAUGUCAUUUAUAUGUCUGUUCUGUCAGUCACCUGUUUGUUAGCAAAUCUUUCAAGCUUGACCCUUUCUUAUGUGCAGUCACUUCAGUUUCUGAACCACACCCCCUCACACAAUAAAUGAUUUCCUUUUUUUUUUUUGUUUAUUGCCGGUGUCUGUCUUUGAAUUGGACCAUGUUAUUGUUGAAUGUUGCCUAAUUUCUCAGUUUGGAAAUUUCUCAUUUGAAUUCUGAAUAAAUUCUUGUUCUGAUCUGA